CGGCGCGAGGGGGAAAGGCCUCAUAUAUAGACCCACGGUGCCGCCACGCUCGCAGUCGCCGGCCGACCUGCCGCCGCGCGGGCAGCCAUGGGGGAGCUGGUGCUGGCCCUCCUGGCUCUCGCCGCCCUGCACGGUGCCGGGGCGUCAGAGCCCCUGGAGAACGACUCGGAGCCGGGCAAGAGCAGCACGGCGGGGAAGCCCUGGAAAGCAGCUCCCAGCCUGGAAGACCUCGACCUGGACACGGCAGGCAAAGGAGCCGAGUGGACGUCCUGGUUCAACAUCGACCACCCUGGGGGGGACGGGGACUACGAGAGCUUAGAGGCCAUUCGCUUCUACUACCGUGGACGCGUCUGCGAGCGGCCGGUGGCCAUCCAGGCCCGCACCACCGAGUGGGAGCUGCCCGAGGACGUGGGCGAGGUGGUGCACGUCAGCCCCAAGAAGGGUUUUCGCUGCAUCAACAAGGAGCAGCCGCAGGGCAAGACCUGCUCCAACUAUCACAUCCGAUUCCUCUGCCCGCUGGAGCACAUCUACUGGUCGCACUGGUCCUCCUGGAGCCCCUGCUCGCGCAGCGCCUGCGGCAGCAGCGGCACCCAGACCCGCACCCGCCGAUGCGUCAAUGCCCGGCUGGUGGCCGCGCUCAAGGAGCUCAAGUGCAAGGGCAAAGCCGUGGAGCGCCGGCCGUGCAGCGCCGGCCCCUGCCCAGAGCCGGCAUGGAUGGAGUGGGGGACCUGGGGCCCCUGUUCUCGCAGCUGCGGCAGUGCCGGGACGCGUGUCCGGCGCCGGAGCUGCAAGAAAGCCAAGAAGGUGCCGUGCGCCGGCCGCCCCACCGAGGUGCAGAAAUGUCCCCCCUCGCCGUGCCCAGCCUGCCCUGAGCGCACGCUGCAGGGCACCGUCGUCUCCGCCACCGGCGCGGCACUGCCAGAUGCCCGCAUCUACCUGGAGGGCCGCCCGCCGGUGCUGCUGGCCCGCAGCGAUGCCGACGGGCGCUUCGCCGCGGCGGGGCUGUGCGAGGGCACCGCCGCCAACGUCAGCGCCCACCGCGAGGGCUUCGCCCCGGGACUGGCACCCAUCGUCUCCGACGGCUCCGGCGUGGCGGUGGCGAACGUGACGCUGCAGAGACUGGAGAAACCCUACAUGGUGCUGCACCCCAAGGCAAAGGUGCGGGUGGCCGGGCAGGAGGUGACCUUCUGCUGCAAAGCCUCGGGCACCCCAGUGCCCAAGAAAUACUACUGGUACCACAACGGGACGCUGCUGGAGAGGAAGGUGCACCGGUAUGGCAGCCACCUGGUGCUGCGGGGGCUGGCACCGGAGCAGGCUGGCACCUACCACUGCAAAGCCAGCACUGAGGCGGGCGCCAUCAAAUCGGCGCCGGCGCAGCUCACCGUGCUGGCCCAGGGCCAGCAGAGCUGCAAGCCAGAGCCCGAGCCGAGCCUCGUGGAGCUGCCCAGCGAGUGCCCGCAGGAUGCCGCCGGCUCCCGCUACUACAACGUGGGUCGCUGCGCGCCCACCCUGUGUGCCGGCGGCUCGGCCGACCGGUCGGGGUGCGGAGCGGACACGGGGCACUGCUGCGGGGUGCGGAGGAUGGAGAUGCGGGAGAUCCCCUGUGCCGGCUUCAUGCUGCCCAUCAAGGUGGUGGCCGAGUGCGGUUGCGGACCCUGCACCCAGCCCCGCAUCCUGGUGCAGGGACGGGUGACGGCGGCCGACACCGGUGAGCCCCUGCGCUUCGGGCAGAUCUUCCUGGGUGGGAGGAAGGUCGGCUUCACCGGCUACAAGGGCUCCUUCACCAUCGAGGUGCCACCGGACACGCAGCGCUUGGUGGUUCGUUUCGUGGACCGGCAGCAGAGGUUCGUGGAUGCCGUCAAGGUCCUGCCCUUCAACCGCCGUGGCGGUGCCGUCUACCAGGAGGUCAAGAUGCUGCGGAAGAAGGAGCCGGUGGAUCUGGACGGCAGCCGGAGCAACGCCAUCCCGCUGGGGGAGGCGAGCGGCCAGGAGCCCGUCGGGGAGCUUGUCCUUCCCGCCGGCGUCUUCCUCCGUCCCUCUGGGGAGGUCUUCAGGGGCACAGUCAAAGCCAGCGUCACCUUCCUGGACCCCAGGGACAUGGCAACAGCCAGCGCCGCCUCCAGCGACCUCAGCUUUGCCAACGCCGAGGGGGAGAUCGUUCCCUUGCGGACCUACGGCAUGUUCGCUGUAGAUUUUCUGGAAGGGGAGAGCGGCGCGGCGCUGCAGACGGGGCCGGUGGAGGUGCGGAUGGAUGCGGGGCAGGUCCGGAUGCCGGAGCACCUGCAGAAGAUGAAGUUGUGGUCCUUGAACCCUGAGACAGGCUUGUGGGAGGAGGAGGGCGUCCUCCGGCCGGCCGGGGGGAACCGGGGAAAGAGGGAGGAGAGGACCUUCUUGGUGGGGAACCUGGAGAUCCGGGAGCGGCGUCUUUUCAACCUGGACGUGCCGGAGGACCGCCGCUGCUUCGUCAAGGUCAGAGCUUACAGCAAUGAGAAGUUCAACCCCUACGAGCAAUUGGAAGGGGUGGUCAUCAGCCUCAUCAACCUGGAGCCCCAGCCCGGCUAUCCUGCCAACCCCCGGGCGUGGGGUCGCUUCGACAGCGUGGUGACAGGUCCCAACGGCGCCUGCCUGCCCGCUUUCUGUGACGGCCAGCGCCCCGACGCCUACUCGGCGUAUGUCACUGCCACGCUGGGUGGGGAGGAGCUGGAAGCCGUGGCCUCCAGCCCCAAGCUCAACCCCAAUGCCAUCGGGGUGUCCCAGCCCUACCUGGGCAAGCUGGGCUACCGUCGGUUGGACCACGAUGACCCCAACUUGAAGAAGACGGCUUUCCAAAUCAACGUGGCCAAGCCCGACCCCAACAACGUUGACGAGACCAACGGUCCCAUCUACCCUUACCGCAGCCUCGAGGAGUGCGAGGAGGCGCCGGUCAGCGCCAACCACCUCCGCUUCUACCGCGUGGAGGUGGACAAGUAUGAGUACAAUGUGGUGCCCUUCAAGGAGAGCGACCUGACCUCCUGGACCGGCGACUACCUCUCGUGGUGGCCCAACCCUCAGGAGUUCAGGGCUUGUUUCAUCAAGGUGCAGAUUGAGGGGCCGCAGGAGUACAUGGUGAGGUCCCGUAACGUGGGGGGCAGCCACCCCCGCACCCGGGGGCAGCUCUAUGGGCUGCGUGACACCCGUAGCGUGCGGGAUACGCUGCUGGAGAACACCUCAGGUGCCUGCGUGGAGUUUAAGUGCAGCGGGAUGCUCUUCGACCAGAGCCUGGUGGAUCGCACCUUGGUCUCCAUCGUCCCCCAAGGCAGCUGCCACCGCACGGCCGUCAACAGCCUCCUCCGGGACUACCUGAGCCGUCACCCGCCCGUGGCGGACAACAACCACACGGCCGCCUUCACCAUGCUGGCACCGGUCGACCCGUUGGGUCACAACUACGGCAUCUACACGGUGACGGACCAGAACCCGCGGUUGGCCAAGGAGAUCGCCAUCGGCCGUUGCUUCGACGGCACCUCCGACGGCUUCUCGCGGGAGAUGAAGGCGGAUGCGGGUACGGCCGUCACCUUCACCUGCCAGGAGCGGCCGCCGGGGCGGGAGAGCUUCUUCCAGCGCCUGCUGACGGCCCCGGCCGAGGCGCUGGCCGAGAUCCGGCGGGAGAUGGGGGCCAGUGAGAUGCGCCGGGCUCCCCCCGAGGUGAUGGACUUCGCCUCCGGCGCCCGAGCCCCGGGCCCCACGGCCACCCGCCGGACCCCCAGCAGCCGCCGGAGGAUGGGCCAGAUCCGGGGGCAGCCGUGAGUGCCACAGCCCCCCCCCCCAGCGCCCCCUCCCCGGCUCAGCUCUGCCCUCCCUUUCCCCGUCGCUUUUACCCGCGCUCAUUUAUAACGACCAAGGGGGGGGGACACGCACGCACGGGACACGUGAAGUGGGACCCACCCGCCAUGCCCCCGGGGGACAGUGGGGCAGGGGACCACUGGGACGCGGGGAGGGGGGGUGACAGUGGGUAGCCCCCACCGGCCUCGUCAGCCCCCCCCGGUGCUGCCCCUGCCCUCGCCCCCAGCCCCGCGCGGGGCAGCUCUUGGUGCUCAGCCCCGGGGACCGCGGUGCCGGUGGUGCCGGCAGCGGGGCCGCGGCCCCACGGGGGUUAUUUAAAUAAAAAAGAAUAAAAGAGGGGGUGGAAGCAAAUAGGGGAAGGGGCUGGGAUGGGAAGGGGUCCCCUGCCCGGCGCUCCAUCCCGUGCCCAGCGGCAGGGCUCCCGUGUGCCUGUGCCGGGGCCGGCGUUGGCUGAGGGUGCUGGGAGCACCCGCUGCAUCCCUGCCCUGUACCCCACAAGGAAACAUGGGUUUUUUUGGGGGGGAAAAAGCCCAAGGACGUGGAGAAAAAGCCCUCCCUGCGCUCUCUGCCCCGGCAUGGUGCGGUGCCAGCAAUGUGACCACAGUGCCAGCUCUCCGGCCGGGUGCGGGGGCUCGGCGGUGGGCGGCGUGCCUGGGAUGCCGAGCUCAGUCCCCGCGCCCUUCAUCCGAGCUCAGCACAGAGCCCGGCCGGGCCUGAUCCUGCACCCAUCCUGCUGCCACCAACCCGGCUAUUUUGCCCUUGGGGAGCGUUUUGCCCCAACUACCUUUAUCGCAGGCAAAAAAAAAAAAACCCAAAACAGGCACUUCUUAACCCCCUUCCCCAGCACAGGGAACCCCUCUCAACUCCUGGGGUGCGCCGGGGCCAGGGAAGCGAGCGAGAGGCGAUGGCAGGAUGCGACCCAGUGGCAGCGGUGCCGGCACGCACCGAGGGCACGUGCGGAUUUGUACAUUAUUUAUUACAAAAUAUAAGGUUGUGUGUA